UUCUUAUUUUCAGUUUUGUUUUGAGAUAAAAAGAUGGAAAGUAGAAUUUCCAUUUUUCUCUUGUGUGUUUGCCACCUGAGCUUGUGUAAGGACAACAAUGUAAGCCAAGUGUAUCUAUGAGAAAUAACAGCGAGCCUUCUUGUGGACACGAUUAAACUAGUUCUUCAUGACAAGUAUCAGCCCAAACCCAUUGUAAAGACACGUUUCAAGUCCAUUCUAGUGUGCCUUAUUACUGCAUUCAAGCUAUUGUCUCCCCUGUUCUUGUAUAAAUACCGCCCACCCCUUGUACGCGAUGUACUUAUCAUCACCAAACCUUCCUAGUUUUCAGAGUCCUCAGUUGUAAUAAUGUCAAAAACACUCGUGGGUAGUAUUGCAGAGAAAAAACUGCUGAAAAAGCCUGCGCAGGCAAGUUCAAGGAAAGGUUGCAUGAGAGGCAAGGGAGGUCCAGAGAACGCUCUUUGCACUUACAAAGGUGUUCGUCAGAGAACUUGGGGCAAGUGGGUUGCUGAAAUUCGAGAACCCAAUCGCGGCGCACGUCUUUGGCUCGGGACAUUUGACACGUCGCAUGAAGCUGCCAUGGCUUAUGAUGCUGCUGCUCGCAAACUUUAUGGUCCAGACGCCAAGCUCAAUUUACCAGAGUUGAGCGUUAAUUCUCAAUAUCCAACCGCUUCUGCCAAUACCCAGGUUCCCCAAAUGCCAAACCAGCCUCAAAACAUUCAUGAUUCAGGUAUCAAAUGCUCACCAGAUACCCCGCUUCCCACAGUGAACGAUGCGACACAGGUGUACAACAACAACUCGAUCAUUCCCUUUCCUAACGACAGCAUCGAGUCUCAUCCGAAUUUGGCAGAAAACGAAGCGAAAGUUGGGCAGAAUGAACAGGGAAUGGAUGGAUUCUGUGAGAAUUUGAACGUGAACUUGCCUGAGUUUGAUGAAUCCAUAUGGGCAGAAGCGGCGAUGUCCAUUGAUUAUCCUAUGCUGGAAGAGCCAGGGCUUUUUGGUGGCAACCUGGUGGAUGGAGCUGGAUGGGAUAUGUUGAAGACUCCAUGGUGCAUGUGAAAGUUUGAAACUGGACUCUGUGGAAACGAGACAUCUAAGCUGCUGCUAUGCGUUUAUAUGUAGACAUUAGAUAGAUUAUGUGUAAAUAAACUGUAGUAUCCACCUGAGAAAAAAAAAAAA